AUGGAAGCACAAAUUCAUCAACUUGAGCAGGAAGCGUAUACUGCUGUUUUAAGAGCUUUCAAAGCGCAGUCUGAUGCUAUUUCUUGGGACAAGGAAAGCUUGAUAACAGAAUUGCGUAAAGAACUAAGAGUAUCUGAUGACGAACACCGGGAGCUCCUGAGUAGGGUCAAUAAGGACGAUACUAUCCAAAGGAUCAGGGAUUGGAGACAGGGAGGCGGAAGCCAAGUUCCGAGACAUGCAGCUAUUCAGCCUUUUGAUGUUGUUCCUAGUCCCACUUUCUCAGCUUCCCGGAAGAAACAGAAGACAUUCCCAUCUUAUCACCAAUCAAUUGGUGCGCCUGGAAACAGGUCAUUCAAUAGUCGUGUGGUGCCUGGUGGCAUAUCAGCAAAUGAAUCUCCUGAAGGUCUAAUCGGAAGGAAAGUGUGGACAAAAUGGCCUGAAGACAACAACUUCUAUGAAGCAAUAAUAACGCAGUACAACGCAGAUGAGGGUCGGCAUGCUCUGGUGUAUGAUAUUAACGCAGCAAAUGAAACGUGGGAAAUGGUUGAUCUCAAGGAGAUUCCACCGGAAGAUAUAAGGUGGGAUGGAGAGGAGAGUGGAGUAGCUUUAAACAUUGGCCAUGGAAGUGGAACGAUCCGUGGCAACCGAAGAGGCCAAAGCCUUGGUAGAGGGAGAGGACCAAGAAUUCAUCAGCCAAGAAGAGAAUUUUUACAACCACCAACACAACAAAAUGGUGGUGGUGGUCGGAGAACGUCCUCUGAUGAUAUUGAAUUGUUCAACACAGACUCACUUGUGAAGGAGGUGGAGAGAGUUUUCGAUUCUGCGCAUCCCGACCCGGUGGAGCUCGACAAGGCCAAGAAAAUGCUCAAGGAACAUGAACAGGCGCUUAUUGCUGCCAUUGCAAGGCUUGCUGAUACUUCUGAUGGCGAAAUUGAUGGAGAUCCACCGUAUUCGCAUGACCAUCCAAUGCCACAGGGAUGA